AUGAUGGAUCACCUUUCUCGAAGAUCGAAAUUUUUGGAUCACCAAAGACAGAAAGUUGCCUCCCAACCAAUCUCACACCCUCCUCCGCCUCCCCCUCCACCUCCUGUUCUCCAUCCCGUCACUGGUGAAACAGCGUUUCAACCGGCGUCUGUAAAAGUUCGGUCGAGCCACCAAGAGGAAUUGUGUGAUCCGAUGACUCGAACGCUGGCCUUUUUGCAGUACAUAAACGAGAAUGGAGGACCAAUAAUGAUGCCGCCGAGUAGUAGAGAUCAAGCUCUCCUGCUGAACAAUCUCCUUCUCUCCCGAGAGAAUGGAUCCAGGGUGACAGAAACGAUGGACAAUGGAGCGCCUCGUAAAAUGUCCCCAUCCGUGGGCGGUGGAAUUAAAGACGAUCAUUUCAACAAUAGCACCAACAGUGACAAUGGCAUCGGUGCUGGUUCACCAAUCGUCAAGAUGGAAGAUUCCACCCCUGCUAACGACUUAACACCACCUCCACCACCACCGCAACCGUCAUCAACAACGUCUGCUGUGCCGACGUCAACACAGUCGAAACGAGAGUCUCAGAGUCUCACUGAGGAAUGUUCUCUGAGCCAACGGCAUUUCUACCGCACUCAAUGCAUCCGUCCUCGCUUCACGUAUGCCUCACUCAUUCGACAGGCCAUCUGCGAGUCACCAAAUAAAUGCCUCUCGUUGAGCGAAAUUUAUGCCUGGUUGCAGAAGGAAUUUCUCUACUUUCGACAGAACGAAGCCACGUGGAAGAAUGCCAUCCGACAUAAUCUCUCGUUGCACAAGUGCUUUCGGCGUGUUGAAACCGCGGGUGGAUCAGUGUGGGUCUUCGACGAGCAUGAGUGUCUUCAGCGCAAAGAUGGCAGACCACCUUUCGGAGGUCGUGUUUUGGGUCGUAAUUAUGCCAAUCGUCUGAAAUGCAACUCAAAUACUUCUCCCCUCUCCACCUCGUCGGUAUCAUCAUCAGCAACAGCUCGCAGUCGACGUUUUCCAACAGCUGAAAACCAACAAUUUCACAACCUUCUGCAUCCACAGCCACCGCCGUCAGUAGCUGUGGGAACGGCUUCGGCAACGACGUCAUUCAAUGAGUGUACUCUCUCAGCUCGUAGCUCAGCUUCCACACCGGUGGUGAUGAUGCCUCUCGUCAACCCCUCAUCCACCAAUUCCAUCAGCGUUGCCACAUCGACGAAUAACAUGGCUGCAUCAUCUCCAACUGUGAUGUGUGAAGACGAGGUUGAUGUGGAAAAUCAUUCCAUUCAGAUGGAUACCAGUGAACUUUAUGCUGCAGGCGGUUCAACGUCUCCGAACCUCACCGGUGGUGUGCCAACCCUUCUGCCUCCAAAAAAUAUGGCGGCCUAG